UGUCCUCCCUGCUUGUCAGCUCUGUUACACAAAGAAAAAUUCAGUUGAGUUUGUUUGCUUUCAAUCUAUAUCUCAUUGUAUCCCCCGCAAUUCUCGCCCCUCACCUCCAUACAAAAUCGUUUCUCUCAUUCAUUUGCCCCCAUAACUAAGCCUUCUCUCAUUCAUUUCACUUCUUCUCAUUAUCCUCUGCAAUAUCUCCGCCGUCGUCCUCCGCCUCCUCCUCCUCCCUCUCUCUCUAUCUCUUCCCUCAUCUCUCCGGUGAGGGACAGAUUCACGAUCAUAAGAUACAGAGAAGAGAAGAGAGAAAAAUCGAGGGAGAAAAGGAAACGAGAGAGACAGCCAAACAGAAUUAAAACAGAGACAAAAUCGAGCUCAUUCAUGUUGUUUACGUUUUUAUACGAAAACGAUCACGUUUUGAGAUUUUGAAAAAGAGAUGGAAAUGGAUGAGUUAUUCAAUGAAUCGUCGUACGGAGACGAAGAGAUUGAUUUUGAUUACGAGUAUGAUGCAGCUAAGUAUUAUGAUUUCACCAGGCCAGAAACUGAGUUCGAGGCUUAUCAAGCUCAGCGAUGGUUUGUAACCGCUUCAUCUUAUCCUCCUUCUCCUUUAAUAAUCAAGUUCAAUUGGGAGCCGAGUGUUGCUCCUGUUAAAACUGGAAGAGCUCCGUUCAUGUGUGGAGGAGCUUAUCAAACUAUAAAUCGAACCAGCAGCGCCAACAUGAGUCGCAGUGUCAACUCUGAUGAAGUAACUUCGCCCGGAUCGGAAUCAAGUAGUCCAGCCAGAUCAUUCAGCAAGUCACCUUUAUCAAAAUAUUCGAGUUUUAUGAAUCCUACAGCAAGUCAGUUGGCGAAGCUGAAUCACCUUCCGCAGAUUCAUUGUAAUCGGUUAUUCAGAAGAUCUCAGAAGCAAGUAAAAAUUGAGAAUAACAGUCCGCGGAAUAGUUCUGUUAAUGGAGUUCGGGCUACCAAAAGGCAAAAACUUGAGGCUGGCUAUCUAUCCAAGGUGGCUCUUCUUAAGCAUCAAGCUAAUUUUCUACACAAGGAACCUAAAAAGGUUGGACUUACUGAUCUUAACACAACACUAGCUAAACCUGAUGUUACCACAACACUUGCUAAGCCUGAUGCUACCACAACACUUGCAAAACCUGAUGUUACCACAACACUUGCUAAAUCUAAAUUUACAGUUCCCAAAGAACCAAAUUUAGAAACAGCAUUUAGGGCAGAAAGACAUAGGACCAAGAACAAUUUGGAGCCAGUUGAAGCUGAAAAUUCAAAUGCUUGUAUUUUCAGAGCAAGGCCCUUGAAUAGAAAAAUUCUCGAAGCCCCUUCAUUUCCGCUUCAUAAAAAGAGCACUCCGCAACUUCCAGAGUUUCAGGUGUUUCAUCUGAGAACAUCAGAAAGGGCGAUGCAACACCAGUUUAUUAAUGAAAGGAAUGCGCAAAAUUCUUGCUCCAGUCCCCGGAGUGAAAGUACAAGCUCUACAAGUUUUUUGGGCAGAGUAAUCCCUGUUGCUGGCUUUAAGGAGAAAGGGGAAGCACUAGAUAGAAUUAGAACUUCAUGUCUAAAUAAAAAGGAAUCUAAUUCUACAGCUGAUAAAAGAUUUCCAGACGAGACACCAAUAAUAGAUUCAUUUAGUAAGCUCUCUUUGACAUCCGAAGUUCAAUUUAACACAAAGUCUCGACUAAAAAUGCCUUCACAUUCUAAGGGCUUAAAGGAGAACACGCCAGGAUCUGUCCAUCUAGAACAAGAGAUGAGAAAUGUCAUCAAAUCCCCAAGGCUCGGUGGCAAUCAUUUUCAAUGUGGUAGCGACCGAACAAUGAUGGUACCACAAAUCAACAGGAGCUUGGAUAUACGUUGAUAGUCAAGAGUGGUAGUGCAGAAUAUGUAUAUGAGCCAUAUAGAUAAUGCCUAUAGGUUGGUUUGUAUUUCUCAACUAGCUUUCAGAGGAAACAUGUAUUCAUACAUGUAAAGAUAGUAGUUCCCUAAUAGUAGAAAUUGUGAAGAUUAAUGUACAGAACGUCCAAUUUUUUUGUUCC